AUGGCGCCUGUCAGCCACGGCAAAUUCUCCUACAACGUGGAUACAUUCUACGUCGAAGCCUCCGGCAACAUCCAUCGACGAGCGAUACCGGCAGAGCUCAGAGCUCUUUUUGAUGCUUCGAUCCCAGACAGCAACCAGAGGCCCGAUCAUCCAGCUCACUGGUUUGAAGCACAACUCCUGCACUAUGGCCUGUCCCCAUCGAAGGCCAAAGCAACAGCAAAGAUGAGAUUAUCAGAUGCCAUUCAAGAUGGAGCUCUAGAAGUUCCUCUCGAGCUGGUUCAGAUGGAGAAAAGACUCAAGAGAGAGUGGAAGAGACAAGAUGAAGCGGCACGCACACUACCAUCUGGACUCGCCCAUCUACCAACCCCCGUUACUACAAGUAGAACAACAACAACAAAGACAGCCACCACAACUACAGUAGCUACCUCAUUACCCAUUCCACGCAAACGAGCUCGGGAUAUCGAAGACGAUGAAGUGGGAGAGAGACCAUCUGUAAAACAGACUGCCCGGCGCGUCGGCUUCCUGCAGAGUAAUAUUACUCAGUCAACAGGUCCUCGGCCUCAAAAGACACAGAGACCAGAGCUUCCAAAUCGAGCACGACGGAGACAAGGGAGUGGCAAUACAGUCCCUCAACUUCAGACUGCCAGAAAGGACGUGACAGUUUCAACUGUGGAAGCCUUACUGAUAGCGGGCGGAAACUCUGAUCUGAGUGGCCGGAUUGGUCAAGUUGGCAUCCAGUCCUCCAAUCCCUCGUCUUGGGACAACAAUGAGAUGCAUGAUUAUGACGAUAGCUACGACGACGAAUACUUUGGAGACUCAUCGGAUCCUGACGAUGAUCAAGAGAUUCUUGAAAACUAUCUUUCUUCGGAUAAUCUCCCCUGUCAAGAUCCCUUCGAUGAUCGUUAUCCUUCGAGUAGCUCUAACUCAAUGAGCGCGAGACUCUCGAGUGGUAGCUAUGCAGAUCCCCGUGGACCUCCUCCGAUCUAUAACCAGCUGUUCGAAUCCCAACCCCCACAGCGACGCCUCGGUUUAUUAAAAGGUGAAUACGACGUUGCGUCCAACGAGCCUACCGGCAAUCAUAUCAAUGGAAACGGUCCCAGAACUUGCCCAAAAAUAUGUCUCACAUUGAGCGGGGAAGAAAUGUUCGGGUCAAUCACGCUUGGGAUCCUCGAGGGCAUAUUGUGGAUACCAGCACGACCGAAGAAGGCUUCAGAAGAGAAGAUCCCAUUUCAAUGCUAUGGUAAAGUUUCUGGACAACUCGUUGUUAGUCACGAAAACUCGGGCUGGAUUCGAUUUCUGGGCGAGGGAGAGAUUGAGGGGGAAAUUUCAUGCUUUCGUCAAUACAGCUUUGUUGGUCAGCGGAUCAGUGGGGAGAAUACUAGCUCGGUUAGGAGUGCCCUUGAUCUGCGAAGGGAGUGGCUUGGGUACAUUGGUCAAAUUAAUGAAGCACAGCUAAAUGGGCUGAUUGAAUAG